AUGUCGUCUUCCUCCAGCAACAGGGGCGGAUUUUCCAUUAUGGAUCGGGAUUUUUGCUCGUUGCUGUCGGAGUUACAGUCGGAAAAGGUAACCGUACGGCAAAAGGCUUUCAACAAGCUGGUGACCAUUUUGUCCAACCGGGAGGAUGAUUUUCUAACAUACAUAAACUCAGAAAGCUUCGAAACGGAAUGGAGUACCGUCUUCGAUGCAAUCUAUGAGGGCAUGGUAAAGCAGAGUAGCUACAACACCGCGCAGACGAUGAGCAAAAAUCAUGACUAUAUCCUGGCGCUGCCUAAACUGCUCGAGCUAGCUAUGGGUCGGGAAAUCCCUCAGCUUACGUACAGCCAGAUGAUUAGAGCGUUCACUAUGGCCCUGUCUGAUCAGUCGAUGCGGAACAACUUUGGCUCCUGUAUUCUGCAACUUCUUCAAAAGUAUGUCCUGUCAUCCGCGUGGCCGCUAACAGCGGUGACCCACCAAGAGUGGAGUGACAUUUUGGACCGAUGCUUUGCGAUGCUGGACUUAUCACAACUCCCGAUCAAAACGACGGUGGGAUGCGCAUCAUUAGCCGUAAGCAAAUUUCUGGAAAAUUGCGCGGAGCGAACGAUGCUUGCAUGUUAUCUACCGGUACUGAUCGAUCAUAUGCGGAGGACGAAAAAUAUGCAAGAUAACGAGAAGAAAAUAGUUUCCCACGAGCUUGUAGUAACCGCCUUCCACAUCGUACAGGCCAUUGCAGUUGAUUGUAAAACGAGCGUACUCGAGUUUUUGGAAUCGUUUCUACCAUUCGCAAUUGAUGCCUACCAGGGACGACUAAUUAAGGAGCAAAAACAUGCACUGUUCCGGCUGAUGCACCUUUCGCUGAUUGUACUAUACCCGGGCGGAAAGUCGCUAGCGGACGCUGAAAGGCUUACAAAAGACGACUAUCAAUCCCCGGGAGACGAUGCAACGCGCAGAAAGACGCUACAACGCUACCAUACAAUAGUAACGAGUGAGAUCGAGGCAUUACGUGGGUCAGAAAAUGGCAAGGAAGGACCGAAGGAUGAUGUUUUUGUAGAUUUUGCUGCCAGACUGUGUUACACGUUUUACUGGAACGAAGACAACUGGAGGGACGCUGGGAGCAGUGAAUCAUCCGCCAAGAGGAACAAGCAGUAUAACAAAUUACAAAGCAUAAUGGAAAUGGUUUCACCGAAACCCAAUCAGUUCAGUUGGCGUUGGUUCGAAAUACUAUCGAUUGUACUAAACAGGUACAGCUCCGCACUCACAAACGAAGACUACCCAAGAAUGCUACAGUUGCUGUGUGACUUUCAAGCGUCGUUGCAAACGCCUUUACAACAAAACGCAUUCUACCGGUGCUGUGCAGUAUUGCUGAAGUUCGAGGCAUCUCCAACGUUUCGAACGUUAUCAACUAGGCCGGUGAACGAAGCAACCAAUUCGGAGGCGUUGUGGUGCAAAAUUUUUACGGCAGCAUCGCGCGGAUGUACUACCACGAGUGCCAAAACGUCCGUCGAAUCCAAUCUGCUGCUUCAGCUGCUCAUAAGACAUCGCAAAUAUCCCAGUGUUAGCUUUUUGAAUGCGACAGUACUAGAAGCGUUCUACACAUAUGCUAUAGAAAAAACGAACGUUAACGUUGGCACGAUUCUCGCCAUUCUCGAGACGUUGGGCAGUAUCGAGCAUCUGGGCGAUGUUGAUGGGGUGCUGACGAAGCUUUUAAACUACCUGUUUCCGCAGACACGCGCAUUGGUGUCGAAGGAUAUAGUAAACUCAAAGGAACGCAUUCAUUCGAAGGUAUUGGCAGGGAUAUUAGUUCUCUGCGUAGUUACAAGGCACGUUUCAGGUGGAUCGGACGAGUCCGUAACCGUUAAACACGGCGAUAAUUGCAAAGAUCUGUACCAAGAAGAAAACGUCCAGCUGCAAGUUUUGGAACAGCAAUUUCUGCAACACGACUUAGUGCAGUUCAUUAGACCAGAGCAUCAUCAGAAUGGGAGCGAAUUCAGCAACACGACUAAUUUGAAGUUUAACGUCAAUGAACAACUUUUAAAACGGGUCUGUGAGGUGAUAAACUUCGACAAACACACGUUACCAGAAGAUGAUAGUUUCCUCUACAACGCACUAGUUCGCAUUUGCUACGACGUGGAACUGUAUUUGGAGAUGGUCAAUAUUUUAGUACUGCAUCAAGCGUACGACGAAGCCCAAUACACCAAGUGUCCGCUGGACAAGAAGACGUUGUUCAAGUUUCAACAACUAAACCUGGGCUUUGAGCGGCUUAUCGACAGGGAUGUGUCGCUUAAUGUCCACGAGGUGACAACAAUCGGCGAACGGUUGUUGGCGAUUUUCCGCGGACCCUAUCAUCCCUUGGUGGGGAAGCUGUUAAAGACAACCGAUCACACGAUGGUCCUACGGUGGACCGUGGAACAGGUCGUUACAGAUGGCAGUGAAAAUUCAACGCAUUUUUCGAUUCCACGCCCGAAUCAGCUCUCCGAGAAACAAGCGUUCAAAAGAUGUUUCCUCCAUAUCCUGGCGGAAUACGUGCAAUACGAUGGGGCAUGCUUUAACGAAGUGUACGACCUGCUGGACAGGCUCGAGUUAAACGUCCACAGCAGUUUGGAUUUGUUCUACUUUUUCGACAUAUGUCGUAUUUUACUACGGCAACCAUCGCAAGAACUGGUGGCUAAUUGGGCUAUAAGGAAGUUUGUUGAAGUGUGCCAAAACCACUACACAAAUGCCGAAAUUUCGGAGAUGAUAAUUGAUCUUUACGCCGAUUUCACUACAUAUAUCAGCCCAUACGAUGGAAUGGUACGCAACGCAACGAUAAUUCUGAAUUCUUAUGUCAAGCAGUGCACAAAACGUAUAUACUCUAUUGGAUUACAGGCAAAAAUAAUUGCCCAAAUCAAGCAUCUCCUGAAAGCGUACCCAUUCCUGUAUGAAAGUUCGAUGCACGAGAAUAUUUACCUGGGCCUGGUGCCCCUUUUGCGCAGCUCUAACUAUCAGAUAAAGCUAGAAGCAGCUAGGAACAUUCUGUACAUUAUGCAAACGGAGUGGGCGUUUGCCAAAGGUACACCGGUUCCAGGAACGUUUUAUGAAUUUCAAUCGAAACUGUACGAAACAAUCUCGUUUGAUGAAUUAGCUACAGUUUCUACGGACCUGAACGAACAUUGCAACAUCGUAAGUGCUUGUCUGCAAUUAUUGAUUGGCGUGUUUUGUGUGAGUUAUGCUUUGCGAAGGAAAGCCUUGUAUGAUAUUGUGUUGUUAGUUCACUCGGCGAAUGUAAAUGACGGAAAAAUUACCACUACUAUUCGUUCGGCCAGUGCUGCAAUUGGUGUAGAUUUUGGGAAGCUUCUUCGGGCAAACAUGGACAAAGUGCUGAUGCUGUGGCUGGCGAAAGGCUAUAGACUAAAGCACUUUCCAUACCGGCUAGCAAGAAACAUCGCUUCGGUGGAAGAAUUCGUCCAAUUGCAGAAGAAAAGCAUUGGUUUCGUAGUACUUGCGAUGCAGCCGAAGCAAUUUGUACAAUUUUGUGAUACAAUUGGUUUGCAGCAAUCAGAAAUGGUGAAGAGCAUAUUACCGAAAUGUGUAUCAUUUCUUCUACCUCAAUUAGCCAAGUGCACAGAUAUGGCUCCGAAGUACAACGCUAUGGCGAACCAAAUGAAAGAGGGACUUGCUUCCUACUUAAACGCAAUGGAUCUGAACUCACAUACGUUUGAAAUCAUCAAAGAUCUUACCAAACGGUUGAGCGAUAGUGAAGAACUAGGGAAUCUGUCGGAUCAGUGUUUCCCAAAGUGCUUUGUGGAUGAACUCUCGCUUAACAGUACAAACUACACAAAAACUUUGGAGUAUCUUAAACAAUCAAUUUGCGAUUCACCGCACCUAAAGUAUAAACUGCUUAGUAAUUUAUGCUUCAAAAAUGCUGCAACAGUUGAGCAUAUUCUCACGGACGUUAAACGACGUCUCUGGGACACUGAGGAACUGCAGCAAAAAAUGAUUCAUCUUUUUCAGUACGCCGUACUGUUGGAUCAUUUAAAGGAGUACAUUAUCCAGCAAAAGGAAAAAUCGCUCAAGCCCUACAUCGUACGAGAUACGGUUCAUUUUCUGUGCAAUCUUCUUACGGUUUGCCCUGGAUUGCGUUUGGCCACCCUCAACAGCUUUGAGCGGUUUUUGGAGCACGUGCUACCGGCCGAGGAUGCAUCCGAACUGCUAGCAGAACAUUUGCAUUUCAUUGUAUCGACACUGUUGGAAAUAGAAGAUGUAGAGCCAUCCUCAGCGAUAUCGCACAAGUCACUCUCGUUGUUGCGGCACCUGAUCUUAGACCAUUCCAGCAAAUUCGCCACCGCGAUUGGGAAGCUCAACUAUCUCCCAAAUGACGAUCGUUUUGAAGAAUUACGAAUGAUGAUCACACAACACAAAGCGACGAUCGACCGUGAGAAACAUUCCAUGAGAGGUGAAAUCACCUCCAUCAUGCAGUUACCAAAUUUACGGUACGAAGAUCUAGCCGCGUUAAGGAUCAUACUAUCCAACAACAAAAUAGACCUGAAGACUAUAUGUGACGAAAUGUCAAUUGAAGGCGGAUCCGUAGAAGUAGACGGUAAUGAGAAUAUACUGCAUCGACUAAUCAAUAUUCUUCUGGAAGUUGUUCGAAAUGCACCCUUUGACAAGCGUUCGGUAGAAGCGCUCCGAUGCUUAGCCGAGAUUGGACCGAUCGAUCUGGGAACCAUGCUACUUAAGUCGGAUACUGAAAUGAUUGCCUACGACAAGAUAAGCAACUCGAAAGAGGCAAUUGAAAGAUGUACCGAUGUUUUGCUAAGCGAGCUCGAUGUGCUCUUAACAAGCAAAAAUCAUUCCGUGGCAUACAUUGCUUCACAUGUGUGCUACAACUUAUUGUAUGGAAAAUCCUUGCAUGCUCUCGCGGCAAAGUUCCCAAUGCUCCAUCCGUUUAUGGGCAAUUCGACUGAAGAGAUAAAGCUAUUUUCGUACAACGCCGGCAGCGUACCAUCACUGAAAGCAACGCUUGGAAACGGGUGUAUCAAUUGUCGCGAGUUCGUGCAAAAUUUGUCUUCCGCAUUAUUAUCCUUUUUAGGGAAUCCGAUUCUGAAGAAGCUUGUUGAGUUGGAUAGCGCGUUUGCAGAAAAAAUUAUUCCGUUGCUUAUACAGAUAGCGUUAAAGCUGUUUGUAGACAGAGUUAAUAUUGAAAUUGGCAAUUUUAUUAAUUUUUUUUUCGAAAAAUUUUCUACUACUUCUGAAGAUUCUGGAAAUCUUUUCAAUGAUCCCAAAGCGUUGCAGCUCAUGCUUACGAUUGUAGAGUGUGUCCGAGUUCACAAUCAUCAAUUUCCACAGUUCAAAAUCACGAUUAAUUUCUUACCGAUCGCUCGAGCGUCCCAGUACUGUCAGGCGCAUUUCAAAGCGAUUCUCUACGGUGAGCUAUGGUAUCGGGAGGAAGUGGAAAAUAACGCGGAAGAUACAAAAAAGAACCCAAAACUACGGGAAAUAAUGAAAUCCUGCCACCAUGCCAUCGGCGUGUACGAUGCCGUGCAAUCGUUCUUGAAUCCAAUUUUGGAACGAACGGAGUAUUACCGGCUGGAGCGAAACUACGCUGGAUCCUUAAUCUAUCACGACACUAACCGUGGAUCCCGAAAUUGCGGUGGCCACAUCCAGAGCAAACCUUUAAUGAAUUUACUGAAAGAUAGCAACCUGUACGGUUUGGCCCGUUCGCUGCAUCCUGACCCGCAAGAAGUGGAUUAUGAAUGUGCCUGGCGCUUGGCCGAUUGGGACGUACUGGUCGAUGGUGACAAAUCUGACGGUCAAGCGGAAUCGAUGAAUCGACAAGAGUUCUCAGUGCAGUCUCACUUCUUUGAACGUGCUCACUAUAAAGCCCUCAAGUGUCUGGUGUUGCAGGACGAACUGGCAAUGGAAAGUGCCAUCCACGAGGGUCGACGGGCGGUUAGCGAAAUAUUCAAGCUCACUAGCAUCGAAUCAACCAAGCACGUCUAUGGUGGCUUGUGUCGCCUCAGACAACUGCAACAAAUCGAGGACUUUGGCUUGAUUCAUUUCAAGAGGCAGAUCGAUUGUGAACAGGAUCUACUCAACAGGUGGAAUCAACAGGACGCGCUGCCCUGCAGCGACUUUGCGCUAAUGGAACGACUCUUGUCGCAACGGCUGUCCAUAUUUAAAACGGCAGGAGUGUGUGCGAAGCGCCAGUGGAUCCCAGCGGCCACCUAUAGCACGCUGCUUCGCUUGAUCCAUGAAUCGCGCCUAAGAGGGUACAAUGACUGUGCGCUGCGCAAUAUUGCACUUACGGAGAAGCUCGAUCUGCCCGCCAAUGUACGAUCGUUAAUCCUUCUGGAGGAUGCGCAACUAAACUGGACCACUGGCCACAGGCAGUUAGCUCGAGGAAUGGCACGGGAAGUGAUGGAUAGCAAGCAGUACAACGAUCUGAUGGUGAAUGCAGUCGCUUGUCGGGUGUACGGAGAAUUUCAGGCGGAAGGCCACUUGCAAGAGGUGCAUUCGUUGUACACGGAUUACUUCCAGCGCGCGGAAAAGUGCAUCCAGCAUGCGUUGGCGAAGCAGAGCACCGUACUCAAAACGGGCUCCACCGCAAUUCCACUCAAUCACCGAUGUUUUGAGGUGGACCGGAACUUCACCGUGCAGCACACCGUCGCCAAGUAUGCCGAUCGAGAGUUCGUACGACUAAGCAAAAUUCUCAGCUCACAAGAAUGGGAAGCACGACGGCUGAAUCUCACCCGUAUGCAGCAGGAAACGGAACGUCUGCAUGCGGAAGCGUCCCGAGCCACGGACAAGCGUCGCAAGGAGAUCGGUCGCACGCUACAGUUUACGCAGAAAAAUUUAAAGCGUGACCAAAAGGCGGCGGAAGAAGUGGAACAGAAUCGCUCCAAGUAUCUCACGUUGGCGCUGGCCUACUACAUGACAUACGCAGUACAGACCACGGUCGAGAGCGACAUGGUAAUAUUUAGGAUCAUCUCGCUGUGGCUGAACAACCACGACGCUAAGGAUGUAAAGGAACUGGUUACGAAGUCCCUGCAUACUAUACCGUCGUACAAGUUUAUCGCCGUGCUGCCACAGCUAACACCGAGGGUCAGCUCGGAGGGUACUGUUGGUAUGCUGGUAAAGAAAACGUUGAUACUGUGCGCGAAAGAUCAUCCGCAUCAUACGCUUCCGCACGUGUUUGCGCAGCUACACGCCUUUCAGGAUCAGCCUGAGCACGAAGUUCCUACCGACGACAAGCGUUUACAGGGUGUGCGAGAGGUUUACAAUAAGCUUAAGCAGGAACCAACUUUGCAAAAAAUCUUACAUCAAAUGGAGCGGAUGAACCUUGCGCUUAUCGAGAUGGCAAAUAAAACCAUAUCUACCGAGGCCACAUUCCGCGAGUACACCAUGAUCAAGCGGGAUAAGCUGGGCCAGCUGGAGAACCUGGAUCUGGUCCAUUGUCCCACAGUCCAGUUGACGGUUGUGCCGGGUGGAAACUAUCAGAACCGGACCGUGGGUAUUAGGCGUUGGGAUGUGAGAAUCACCGGCGUCGGUGGAAUCAAUGCACCGAAAAAGCUAUCCUGUCUUUGUCUGAACGGUACGAAACAGACGCAGUUGUUAAAGGGCAAGGACGAUAUGCGACAGGACGCGGUAAUGCAACAGGUGUUCGGCAUACUUAACGUACUGCUGCGACACGAUAGAGAAACGGCUCGUCGAAAGCUGUCCGUACGCACGUACAAAGUGGUGCCAUUGUCCAGACAGAGCGGUAUUCUGGAAUGGUGCAACAAUACGAUGCCGAUCGGGACUUGGUUGCUUGCGGGGCACGUAAAGUACCGCCCGCAGGAUAUUGAUCCAAGCACGGCACGGAAAAAGUUCACCAACAACGCUCAAGCUGGUAUGACGGUGGAUAAGAAACUACAAAACUAUGCGGAUAUCUGCCGCAAACUGCAACCCGUGCUUCGACACUAUUUUCUUGAGCACUAUCCGAAACCGGGCGUGUGGUUCGAACGGCAGCAGAACUACAUCAAAAGCGUCGCGACCAGUUCCAUGAUCGGGUACGUGCUGGGCAUUGGCGAUCGGCAUGUACAGAACAUUCUGAUCGACAAGUGCACGGCGGAAGUAAUACACAUCGAUUUUGGAAUAGCGUUCGAGAUGGGCAAAAAUCUCUUUACUCCGGAGACCGUGCCGUUCCGUCUGACCCGUGACAUAGUGGACGGCAUGGGUAUCAAUGGGGUAGAAGGCGUUUUCAAAAAAUCAUGUGAGAAAACGUUGGAGGUGUUGCGUAACAACCAGACUGUGAUUCUGACCAUCCUGGAGGUACUGCUGUACGAUCCGCUCUACUCGUGGAACGUGCUGUCCAAUAAGAAGGCCAACCGCCGGCAGCAGCAAGCUGCAAUGCACAUCUCAGGCGAGGAAUCGGACAGCCAGGAACAGGUGGAUCUGACGGUAGGAGCCAAUAUCAACGUCACGGCCGAGCGGACGCUGAUGCAGGUGGAGAAGAAGCUGCAGGGCAAAGAGGACGACAAGUACAUCUCGGUUGAGGGACAGGUGCAGAUGCUGAUCUUCAACGCCACUAACGAGAUCAACCUGUGUCAACUGUUUGCCGGCUGGCAGCCGUACCUGUAA